GAUUCUUCUAGAAUUUACUUAUGCAGACAUCGUCGAUUUCACUCCUCCGCCACUCUUCUCCGUUCCUCCGUCGCACGGCAGUUUUUCACGGCGGAGGCGGAGUUCGAGUCGCAGUCGGAAUUCGCCGCAGCUUCUGUCCUCUUUCAGCUAGACGAGAUAAUCCUGAUGUCUCGAGAAAACCCCAACCGAGCAAGAAUAUGCUCAGAGCGAAACAUAUCGGUAAAAAUUACUCCUCCUCCUUGUCACCAGUUCUCUCACCGGAGCACAAACCUACGCUCUUAGAGUCUCAAGCUAUUGGUACUGUUGCCACCGCUCAAGCGAACUUUAUGCGCGUCAUUGUUCAAGAUGUAGCUAAUUCUGUGAAGAGUGAUGAUGAUGAUGAUUCGUCUAAGACUGGUGUUGAGUUGCUUUGUGUGGUAAGAGCUGUGUUGAAGAAGAUACGUAGGAAGGUUUUGGUUGGGGAUAAGGUUCUCGUUGGAUCUAUUGAUUGGGUUGAUCGGAGAGGAAUGAUUGAGAAUGUGUUUCAUCGACGCUCUGAGAUUUUGGAUCCACCGGUUGCGAACGUUGAUCAUUUGCUGGUUCUUUUCUCUCUGGAUCAACCGAAGCUGGAGCCGUUUACUCUCACUAGGUUCUUGGUGGAAGCUGAGUCUACUCGUAUUCCACUCACACUUGCUCUCAACAAAACUGAACUCAUUAGUGAAGAGGAGUUGGAAUCUUGGAAGAUAAGAUUGCGUAGCUGGAACUAUGAACCACUGUUUUGCAGUGUGGGAACUAAGGACGGACUUGAUGCGAUUGCGUUUAUCCUGCGGGAUCAGACUUCUGUGAUUGUUGGACCUAGUGGUGUUGGAAAGUCAAGUUUAAUCAACAUAUUGAGAAGUAACCAUGGUGGUGGUGAGGUGGAAGAUGAGAAUUGGUUUGAGCCUAUGCUAGGUAAUAAGUGGUUUGAUGAUCAACGAGUAGGGGAAGUUUCUUCUAGAAGUGGUAGGGGUAAACAUACAACACGAAAUGUAUCACUACUUCCCGUUUCUGAAGGUGGUUAUCUCGCUGAUACUCCUGGCUUUAACCAGCCUAGUUUGCUGAAAGUUACAAAACAAUCACUUGCACACUGCUUCCCUGAGAUACGGAACAUGAUUGAAGGUGAAAAAUGUGGAUUUAGAGAUUGCUUGCAUAUAGGGGAACCAGGGUGUGUUGUUAAAGGUGAUUGGGAAAGGUAUCCAUACUACUUACAACUGCUUGAUGAGAUCAGAAUAAGGGAGGAGUUUCAGCUUAGGACUUUUGGAACCAAGAGGGAAGAUGAUGUUAGGUACAAGGUGGGAGACAUGGGUGUAAAACAUGCUGAGCCACGGCUAGUUCCUAAGAAGCAUAGGAGAGAGUCAAGGAAGAAAACAAAACAGACAAUGAUCAGUGAGCUGGAUGAGUUCGAAGAUGAAGACAGCGACUUCGACAUAGAGAACGACCCAAUAGUCCAAGCGAUUGAGAAUGAGAAGAAACAACAAUGAGAGAACUCGUGUUCACACGAAAGACUUUAGACAGAAGAUGUAAAAAAUUGUACAGAUCUCUUUUGUUCUAAGCGUUUUUUGCACUUCUGCCUCAUUGACAAAGCGGUAACUUAAUCAGAAGAUAUUAAUAUUGCAGAAUUUUUUA